AUGUCUUCUAAUCAACAUACCACUCGUGCUCGAGAUUCUGGAGUAUUCGUUGACCUUGACCUUGACAUCGACAUUAGUGAAAAAAUUUGCACAUCUUAUAGCCAUUAUUUAGGAUUUGACGUCCCGACAAAAAAAUCGAAUCGCAAGGAACCUGAAUACGAACCUUUUUUCACCACAUAUUCUCUAGAAGUAGUCUUACCACCAAAGAUGGCACCGAACACACAAAUUCCAUUUUCUGGCUACCUUGGUCUUCAAACAUCACCCAAGCCGAUAAAACGUGAACAUAAACGACCACAACGCAAAACCUCAUUUUACUUUGUUAAUUUGAACGACUCUGCACCACAUGAUGAUGAUACUGAGCCUAUAAAAAAUGAAAAUAUUAAGACUACUUCAGAAGUUUCACCUAUAAAAGACCGAGUUAUAGAAUCACCUUGUAUUUUACAAGCAAAUCGUACUAUCCAAUUAUUAAGAGAGACACGUCAUAAAAUUGCCGCAAUGCGUAAACGCAACUAA